UGGGGCCACGGGGCAAUAGGGGAUCAUGGGGCCCCUGUGUCCUUGCCCAAACUCAAAAAGGCCUAUGAAAAAGGUACCAGGGGCAUCUCAUGGGGCCCCCUACUGACCCCGGGCCCUCGGGCAGUGCCCAAGUUUCCAAAUGAUCAAACCCUUAUCCUAUAUGCGUGUCUGAUAUAGAAACAGAAUAAUGCGGCCAAAGUUGUCAUUUACUCAAAAUCUUAGUGGCUUUUUUUUUGUAAAUGCCAGUUUUACAGUAGUAGGUUGUAAGCAUUGUAAACAUACACAGGUUAUGG